AUGGUCGUCCCCAAUGAGGCUCCUACCUCAACGAACUACUCGCCGCUCGAGGCUAUGGUCUCCGUCCACGAUCUCGCUCCCGAAGACGUAUUGACCGAAGACCACGGAGAGGAACUGGAAGCAAUUACGAGCGCGUGCGGCGUCCUCUAUGCGUGGAACCCUGAACCCCCUGCGAUCGUUCUCCGCGGGUCACCCGAUGCCGUUCUCACGGCCUUGGACGCUGUGGAGAAGACGGUGAAGCGAUGGGAAAACGAGAUCAACUAUUCACGGAGUGGGAACGUCAACCCGCCCAUUUCGAAUGGCCAGGCACAGUCGGACCUGUCAGUCGCUGCUGCUGCGAAACCUUUCACACUGGCCGACUUUCGUCCUUCCGCGGGUGGGAAAGCUACCGAGGGCGACAUGGUGGAUCCCUUGAUCAGCAGGGUGCCCGAUGCUGACAGUCAGCCGGUUUCGACAGCUCCCACGCGCCUUACAACAUUCAAAACAGCCAGGGAAGCUCCCACACCUCAAGCACAACAAACGCAAGCUCGUAGGAGUUUCUUCUCUGUGGAAGCACUAGAGCAGCGAGCAGCGGAAUCCGCGCAAAGAUACCAUAAUUUUGCAGAGCGGAGGGUUGCGGAGCGGGAAGAGAUCUUGAUAGCACAUCAAAUGAGAAUCAAGCAAGAGAUUGCAGAGGAAAAGGCGGCAAAGUUGGAGGCGGUGGGAACGGAUACUCCGAAUGGAAGAGUGAGUGCCUCUCCUGGCUUGACGGUCGUGGCUGACGGCAGGUCAUCAAAAGCGACCACUACAACAACAAUAAAAACAACAGCUACAGGAGAAGCGACAGUCUCCGUGACUACUCAACCACUGCCGAACGGUGUGAGCCCUCCUAUCAACGGCACCUCUAUUACACCCCUCACGGCCGCCAACUCGCCAGCCACUAAGCGCAUGUCAGUGGACGCUGCAUCGAUGAAACGCAUCAAAAAAGACCUCCCUGAAUGGUGGAUCGUACUCACCACCGAGCUUGCCGACUCUCUACGCGAACGAUGGACACAGGAAAUCGAUGUGAAGUACGACGAACAACAAUCCUCCUUUGUUGUCUCCGGACCGACGCCCAACAUGGUCAACCACCUUUUGAAGGAUAUUCAUGCAGAGUACGAGUUCGCUCUCCAGGAACUAAAGGAACUGGAUUCCCUGGCUGCAGGCGCAGAGAAGGAAGCCGCGGACAAAGAACUCAGCGCAUACGUUGUGCAAGCUGCCACGGCACGACGGAUAUCAACUAACAACCUUAUGGACAACGACACGAUUCCACGCACCAUCACCAAGACAAGAAGCACAUCUCUCCCCAUUCCACCGACCCCGUCACCAGGCCGCCAAUCCCAUCAAGCAGCACCACAGCGACCAACAUCCCCCCCAAAUCCCACCGCCAACGCCCUCAUCAACCGCGAACCACUCACUCAAGAAGACACCAUCCGCAUCAUGCGCGUCCCAGCCUUUAUUGCGGGCGUCCCGUUCUCCUUCAUGCCCCUCCUCGAUAUGGAGCUCCGUCGAAUCUGCCGGCAAGACAACAUUGCAUUCAACUGGGUCCAACAAGAACGAUGGCUGUUUGAAGCGAGGAGUGGUGACGGUAUGAGGUCGGGUCAACACAAUGAAGAUUGUGCCAAAGCGUUGGAUAGCGCGACACUCAGGGUCGAAGAGUACCUUUACAAGCUUAAAACAGACCCUUGGCACGAACUCAAGUUUCUCGAGCUCAACCAUCUACAUCAAAACCAAAACAACAACAGCCGUUCAUCCACACCCACCGGACCGUGGAUGAAUCUCCUGACCGACCCGUCGUCGGGCGACGUUGACGGAAGGGCACCACCAUCGCUGCCAUGGAUUUACCAGCACCAGCAACAACGGCAACAGAUGCAGUACGCGCUACAUCAAGGCCAACAGCAGAGGUCCGCGACGUUGGAGGGUGCGGCGGAGAGGCACAUGAGGUUUGUGGCGUAG